CCUUGUUGCUCUGCAAGGGGAUUGUCUGUUUUUGCGAAGCGCCGCUGUGCAAAGUUAAGAGAUAUCUAUAAAUAACACGAUACGUUAUCAACGUUCGUUUACACCAGAGCGAGCUUGGCUAUUUAAUCUAAUCGCCACGCCUCUACAUUUAAUUAAUAACAGAAAUUAAUGAAUACGUCACUUAGUUCUCCAUUGAAUGCGGUAGCGAACGAUCGUUUAUGAUUUUUGUGAUUUAAGUGUGUGAUAAAAGUUGACUUUAUAUAAAGAUUCGCACAUUGGCCCCGAAGUUAUACCGGUUGAUUAGAAAGGCCAUAGAUUAUAAGUGUAACCUAACUUUUUAAGAGAAAUUUGUGAACUUUCUUGCGAUGUCCGUCUUAAAUAACUUUACUGUGUCCGUUGCGAAGGGAUUACGACGUCUAAGACAGAAGCAGGAGCUUCGUGAGGUGGUCCCAAAUGCUUCCAGAAGGAGAGGGAACUCAGCAGCUCAGGAGGAGACUAAGCUCAAUAUGGAGAAAUGCCUCAUCGUCUCCAAGGUUACCAGAUAUGAAUAUGAGAGACACAGUCACGAGAACCUAUCAGAAUCUGAACUGGAGAAAGUCUUAAGGAAACGAGGUUCCGAUUACGACUCCAUGAUGAGGAUACACAAGCAACAGAAGGCGUUUGAAGAGAAUGUGGCGAAGAGUCUCAGAGAUAUGGGUCUUAAAGUUGAGAUGGCUAGCAGAUUGACAUAUAACGACGAUAUAAUAAAUUGGUGCGACGUGGUGGUGCCGUGUGGUGGGGAUGGUACCUUCCUUCUAGCAGCUUCUAGAGUCAGAGACGCCAAUAAACCAGUGAUAGGUUUUAACAGUUCGCCACAGAAGUCAGUUGGACGUCUCUGCCUACCCACCUGGUGUUCCAACGACGUGAAGGGUGCGUUCCAGGCGUUAAAGGAGGGUAGGUUCAGAUGGAUGCGUCGUUCCCGGAUACGUACAACAGUUACCUCUGAGCCGCAGCUGUUGGAAACCAUCACGCCAGUAGACCUUCACACACUGCAUUACUGCAGGUAUCCCCCAGUACAGAACACACACGAGAUGGUGGACGCCUAUAACAUCAAUUCGCGACAAACAGCGAGCAACGCAAAGGAAGCGCCCGUCAGUCCGACGCUAGCUACUAAAGUGUUACCUUUCUUGGCACUUAAUGAGGUAUUUAUAGGUGAGAGCGUGACAUCACGCGUAUCCCUCCUCCGGUUGCAGAUAGACAAUGGCGCCUGGUCACACACGAAGAGCUCGGGGCUCUGUGUCACUACCGGUACCGGAAGCACCUCGUGGCACUUCAGUAUAAACUGUCUCCGGACACAAUCAGUACAGGAGCUGAUGAAGAUCCUGCAUGAGGAGUUCAAGGUACCACUGGACACAGCGCUCGAAAAGGCACGCGAGGUCACCGAGAAAUAUAACCAGAAACUCAUGUUCGCUGCAGAUUCGGACCAGCUAGCGUAUUCAGUGCGUGAGUACAUCACAUUCGAGGAGUGGCCCACUCCGCGAGGUCUCAAGGUCAGGGACAAGGCCAGUUCUGUCAAGGUCAAAUCGCAUUGCACUGAUGCUGGUCUAGUAAUCGAUGGCAGCGUAUCAUUUCCCUUCAACGACGGUACGGAAGCCAUCUUGGAAAUCCAUCCAGAAGACUCACUGAUGACGGUGCAGAUGGACGAUAAAAGACCUUAAAACAAACGGCUUAAAGCUUAGUUUAGAAUGAAUUUGGUAAAAAAAUGUGUUUCGUUGAGAAUACGGUAGUUUCCAACUAGUCAAAUUCAAUACUUAUAUCUAAAUGGCAAAAACGAUACUUUUCUAUGAAAUUUGUAUGAAAAACUGAGUUAUGACGUCAUAGUAUUUUUGCGUCAAAUAGCUUACUUAUUUCUUAAUAAUUAGCUAGAAAAUAUCUAAAACUUAGCGCAUCGAUCGAUCGAUGAAUAAAAGUAUAGUUAUUUUUCAAUAUUUUAUUGUAUUGAAAUGUCGAAUCAAUUUAUUUUUGACCGAGGAAACUACCCAAUUUAGUUUGAUUACUACAAAAUUGGAUUGUCUGUCUGUCUUCAACUGGCACCAUCUAUGGACUGAUGAUGAAUGAUGAUGGAAUAGCGCCCUGUGUUUGGUUAUAGGGAUUAUAACUGAGUUUUAGAUAAAAAGUCACUGAAAACAAAACGGUAAUGAGUUCUGAGUAGUAGCAAGGUUAAGUAGUAAACGGUCUUUCCCCUUAUAUUAAAGUUAUUACCUGAUGGUAAGCAAUCUACGCCGCCCAUGGACACCCGCAGCACCAGAGGAGUUACGAGUGCGUUUGCUCGCCUUUUGGGGAUUAGGGUUUGGGAAGGAAAGGGAUGGAGGAAGGGAAGGAAUUGGGUCUCCGGUCACGACGAAACACAACGCUGUGGUUGUUUCACACCUAUUUUCUAUAAGGCCGUGGUAUCAGUCCGGUUGAGCCGACCAAAGUGCCGAAUAAUAUUGCUUGGGAAACGUGAAAUAUUAUAUCAUAAGUAAAUAAAUUUUUGAUGUGUAUAGGGCGUAGCACAAAAAAAAAACACUUUUGUAAUAUUUAAGUUAGUACCCUCUACAUUUCAAAAAAUAUUCCAUUUGUUUUAUAUUUGUCUCCCCCUUAAAGGGAUUAGAGGCGUGAUGUUUUUUGUUGGCAAAAAAAGACAUAUCCAAUGCCUGCAAGCUCAAACUUUUCGGUGAACAUUUACCUAAAAAAUCCUAAUUUGCCAAUACGCUCAUCUCCUUUGAGAUGUUACUUUUAACAUUGUUAGUAAAAAGUGCCUCUAAGAGCUAAUAGACCACCACAGACGGGGUCCUAUAGGGCUGAUGUUAAGCCAGGGUUGCGGGGUAAGCGCAAUAAGGCACCGCGACCUUGGUUUAAAGCAGGAGAAGGAAUGGGGGGGGGGGGUUUGGGGGAUGGACAGGGGGGGGCUUGUCGAUUAUUAUUGAAUACCUUUAGGAGACAACCCUAUGAAGAUUUUAUAUAUUAUAUAUAAUUAUAAUUAAGUAAAUUAUGUUUAAAAAAGUAUUGAGAAUUUUACCUUAGAUGCCUGACAUUUCUGUGAUUAUUCUAUAAGUAUGGCAACUAGAUGUUAUGUCAUGUUAUAUACAGGGUGUUUGGUAAAACGAGUGAUGUUAUCAUAUUGACAUUAAGCUAUGAAUAACCAGUAGAAAUAUGGUUAACUGGUUUUUUGUAGCUUAAUUUGUAGUUUUUUUAUCUUGUAGCCAAUGUAUUAAUUAUUAAAAAAAUUACAUGUUUGGACCUUUCACUGGUAUUUCAGCUGUGUAUCAACCUAAUCUGGAGAAACUUAUUGAAAAAAAUAUCGUCUAAUUCCCGUUUAACCGAGCAUCCUGUAUAUUAUAAUGUUACUUAUAAAUAAAUAUUUUAUAUUAACGUGUAUUUAUAAUAAGUAUAGCUUAUCGUUAAGACUGAACGAUUUAGAUAAUGUUAAGUUUUAAAAUUGUGUAGAUUUUGCUUUAAAAUAAUUAGGUCUCAGAUUUGAUUCCUAAAGUUUAGUUCACGCUAAGGCACGACGCAACGUUCCACGUACACUUUCACCUUCCAAUCGUGGUUAUUCGGGACACAAUAGAAUAAUAAAUAUAUAGGUGUGAACGCCGGCGUUCGCUUGGGAUUUGGAUCUAUCUAUCUAUCUAUUUGAUCUAAUUAAGCAUUUACUAAAAAAAAACUUUAUUCUUUUUACUAUAACAUUCGUGAGUCAAACUAAAUUAAUUAUUAUGUUUUCGGCUUAUUCACGUAAUUGUUUGACGAGAUACUCGACUAGUUUCAAGCCAUGCUAGAGGCCCAUAUUCAUGAGCAGCAUUCCGCGACACGCGACGCGGC